AUGCAUGACAUCAGCGUCGCUAUCAACGUCCACUUCUCCAGCUGCGAUUCAAAGCUGGGCGUAAGACCAGGCUCGCACAGGUGCACGGUGGUCAUCGCAGAUGACGCGGCGACGACGGCCCGAUUUGCAUGCCCCAUCGAUGGAUGUGAAAAAUCUUACACAUCCAUACAGGGCCUGGCGAAUCACGCCAGGAACCAUCAGCGGCAAGACGCCGUCAAUGCGGCCACAGUUCCGAUGCCUCGGCCGGCCACAAGGCAACAAAGACGCGUAAACCCAGAGCCCGCACCACGACGUGGCGGCGACGCACGCGUCCCCGUGCAUCAAGUUGCCGAUGCAGGCGAUCGAAACAACAAUGGGCAGCAAGAGCCAAGGAAACCGGGUCACGACGACCCGGACACACGCGGCUCUGAUGCAGCGAGAGCACCAAGGACACCAGCUUCAACCAGCUCGGACACAGGCAGUCCUUCCCUGCAGCUGCCCACCAGUACAACGGCGGCAACAGUGACUCAUCCGCACGUACGCCCACCUACUUCGAUUCGAAGGUCACCACGUCCUAGUACUGUCACACCGCAGCCUACAAUAGCUCUGCCAGCAGAACGAGGUGGUAGCCCCAAACUCAGCCACGACAACACCUCGGUCAGGACGGCGUCUACACAGGAAGGUCUGCCCCAGUCCUGCGAUGUUGAGACGGGUGCCGGGAGUGUUGCAGAGUCCGACGACGGCGAUGGCUGCGAUGGCUAUAGUCGCCCGGAACACGAGGAGGGGAUCAUUCUCACUCCGGAUGACACUACGCCGAUUCACGAUUUCCUCGCACAGCUCCACGCCCUAGUCAGAGCACCGGCCACAGAGUAUCCUCUGGCAACAGUUCGUGGUCACUAUGGACGAGGUGACGUCCGUUGCCGUAGACACGGCCAAGAUCCCAAUUCGGCACGAGUGUGA